AUGGCUACUGAUGGAGAUGUUGAACAACCUGCACCAACUGUGGCUGAAUCUCCUAAUCAGCCAAUUGUUGAUACUAACCUAGUUCCUGUUUCAUUUGAUGGAUUUGGUUAUCGCUCAUGGAGAAGAGGUGUAAUGAGAGCCCUAUCGGUGAAAAACAAACUAGGCUUCAUCAAUGGUGACUGCAAAAGGCCAGAUCCAGACUCCUCAGGCUUUCGACUGUGGGAGAGAUGUGAUGAUAUGGUGACCUCAUGGAUUUUGAAUUCCUUGGCAAAGGAGAUUGCAGAUAGUGCUGAAUAUGUGACGGAUGCAAUCGAGUUGUGGAAAGAGCUUGAAGAUCGAUAUGAUCAGACAAAUGGAACAAAGCUUUACCAAAUUCAAAAGGAGAUUAACGACUUGUCUCAAGGAGCACUUGACGUUACUGGCUACUAUACAAAAAUGAAGAAGCUGUGGGAGGAACAUACUACUCUAAUUACCAAAUCUCAUUGCACCUGCAAUUGCACAUGUGGAGUAAGGGAAAGUAUAAGCCAAGGUACCGGGUUCAACGGGGGAAAUAGAGGAGUGGCUAAUGCACAUGUAGCAGCCAUAGAUACUCAACAUACUGGUGAUGAGAACUGCAGUGCUCAAAAUGUCAAUCUCACAAAGGAAGAAUACAAUCAACUUGCCCCUUUAAUGAAGAAGCCUCUGGUGAUUGGUAGAGUCAAAGAUGGACUCUACAUCUUGUGUCCAAGGUGCUUGAAGAACAACAAUACAAGUCCUGGAGCAAAUGUCAUUGAUUUCCUGUCCACCUCUGUCACUCACUGCACUUGUAACACACAGUGUCCACUUCAUUCUAUUGUAAAUACAACAUCUCAUGCCAAUAAGUGUGUUUUCUCAUCUCCAAUUGUAAGUAGUCCAAGUGGAGGCAAUGAAAAACAAUUUCUUUCUGGGAGUUCAUUUUCUAAUUGUUCUAGUCCUUUUUCUCAUCUGUGUGUUGGAAACCAUUUGGAUGUUCUGUGGCAUAACAGACUUGGGCAUGUUCCCUUUGUGAAAAUGAAAGGUAUUUCCUCUAUCCCUGUAACUUUUUCUCCCAAACAACCCUUCAAUUGUACCAUCUGCCCAAUGGCCAGACAGGAAAGACUUCCAUUUCCUCAGAAAACUAAUACAACCAAUAGGAUUUUUGAGCUUCUACAUGUUGACUUAUGGGGACCAUAUCAUCAGCCCACACAUGACAAGUACAAAUAUUUUAUGACUAUUGUGGAUGAUUUUAGUAGGACCACUUGGACUCAUCUCUUAUCCAGUAAAAGCAAUGCUUAUCAAGUUCUUAAAGGAUUUUUUAUUUUGGUGGAAAAUCAAUUUGGAGUAGAUGUUAAAGCUGUGAGAACAGACAAUAGGCUGGAGUUCACCAACACAGAGACAAAUAUGCUAUUUCAAUCCAAAGGGAUCAUACAUCAAAGAACUUGCCCUUACACUCCACAACAAAAUGGGCCAAGUUCUUAUGAGGAAGCAGCCAUUGAUCCUGCAUGGCAAGCUGCAAUGACACAGGAGUUUGAGGCUCUAUAUUCCAAUCAUACUUGGGACCUGGUAGCUCUACCACCAGGAAAACAAGCAAUAGGAUGCAAGUGGGUUUACAAAGUGAAGCAUAAAGCUGAUGGUAGUAUAGAAAGGUUCAAGGCCAGAUUGGUUUGA